CUUUCUUUUUUCCCUCUUCUUAUAAAGAUUUUAUCUUCUGAUUACAUAGAUUUUGAGAGAUUUGAGAAAAUUAAAACCCAUUUUUUCUAAACUGCAGCAUUAUAGGAUAAGUUAGUAAGCGAUUAGAUCAAGUACCGUGGCUGUUAAAAGAAAAAUUAAAAAUUAAACACAGUGAAGUGACUAGGCCUUUCUAUAAUGAUAUAUAUAUAAAUAACUAGUACCAACUCAUAAGGGCCUUUUGUCGUUUGAUACCUUUCUCUUCUCUUGGAAAAUGCCUAACCUUAGCCUUUCGUUGCUAUUGCUUGUUCUCUCCAUCUUCUCCAUUUCAGGUCCCGUAGAAUCACGCCUCGACAGAAAUUCACCUGCAAGGGCUAACAUCUAUAAGUUGUGCAAGAACACCACUUACCCAAUUCUAUGUUUUCAGUACCUCUCCAUCUUUCCAAUAUCCGUAACAGAAAACCCAAAAAGGGUCGCCAGAGCAGCCUUAUUAGUGAGUCUGUACAGAGUCCAAAAGACAAGAGUAUUCAUCAAGAAAGCAUCCAUCAAACUGAAGGCCAAAAAAGGAAAGGAGAUAAGUUAUAAGGUAAAGGAUUAUCAAGUAGUGGAAGAUUGUUUAGAAGUAUUUGGUGAUGGGGUGGAUGAUCUUAGCAAGUCAAUUAUAGAGCUCCAUCAUCUGCAGGGACUGGAAGGCCAAGAAAGAAAAACUUAUGGGGAUUGCGACAUGGCUUGUCAUGUAUCUAACAUUCAGACUUCUCUGAGUGCUGCCUUAAGUGACGCAUCGACCUGCGUUGAUGAGUUUGAUGACUUCUUGAGGAGGAAGCGUUUGGGUAAGUUAAUGGCUACCAUUAAGGCGAAGGCUUUGAAUGCUGAGCAGGCUACAACUAAUGGAUUAGACUUAUUUUGUCAAUUUGCAAAGUGUGCCAAUUAGUGUUUUGAUAAAUGUAAAUGUUAAUUCUGGUCAGCGUUCUUAUCAAAUAGGUCCUCUGCCUGGUCAAGAAAUUGUUGUUUUCUGCGGUUAAAAUAAUAACAGAAUGAGAAUUUCUUUUCUUUUUCUA